AUGACUUCUGAAAAAAACUCACCCCGUAUUGAUGUUGAAAAUCAACUCGAGUCUCUUGAUAGUCUGCAAACUUCUUUGAAAAGUGAAGAAUAUGACUUCCCAGAUGGGGGUUGGAGAGCAAAUGGGGUUGUAUUAGGUUCCUUCGUAGGUUUGAUAGUAACAUUCGGCUUGCUAAAUUCAGUUGGAACUAUUCAAAGCUACAUUUCUUCUCAUCAGUUGAAAGAUACUGAUACUUCAACUGUUUCUUGGAUUUUUUCAAUUUUUCUGUGGCUGUCAUUUUUCUUUGGAGGAAUAGUAGGUCCCCUCUUUGAUAAUCAAGGUAGUCGUAAAUUAUUGAUCAUUGGAACUUGUUUAAUGUUCGUUGGGUUCAUGACUAUGAGUAUAAGUACUACUCUUUAUCAAUUUAUUUUAUGUUUUUCUCUAUGUAUUGGUAUAGGUAAUUGUAUCAUUAUAACUCCUUUAGUUGGAAGUGUCAGUCAUUGGUUUCUUUAUAAAAGAGGAAUUGCUUUAGGAAUUGCAACUUUGGGAGGUAGUGUUGGUGGUGCUUGUAUUCCUUUACUUUUAAGAAGUCUAUUUCCUAAAAUUGGUUUUGCUUGGUCAAUAAGAGUUUUAGGUUUCUUCACUUUAUUUUGUAUGGGUUUUGCUACUUUAUUACUGAAGGAAAGAUUUAAAAGACCAUUUUUAAUUGAAAGAAAUCCUUCAAAAUUAGUUAAUUUGAAAAUUUUUUGUCAAAAUAUUUUUGAUUUAACCGCUUUUAAAGAUACUAAGUUUACUUUAUUGGUUAUUGCUACCUUCUUAAAUGAAUUAUCGCUACUUCUUUUACUAACAUAUCUUUCUUCUUACGCUACUACUCAAGGUAUGUCCGAUUCUCAAGCUUAUUUCUUAGUCACCAUUCUUAAUUUAACUGGUUUAGUUGGAAGAUUUUUACCAAAUAUUCUUUCUGAUUAUAUUGGUUAUUUUAACGUAAUGAUCACCAUGUUAAUUGGGUAUGUUAUUAGUUGUCUUUUAAUUUGGGUUCCCUUCGGAAGUAACAUCCAGGCUCUUUAUGCUUUUGCAGUAAUCGCUGGCUUUUUCGUUUCUUCAAUCUUAUCCUUAACUCCUGCUUGUCUUGGAGUUAUUACCUCGACUAAUCAAUUUGGCCUGCGUUAUGGUCUACUCUACACCUUCGUUAGUCUUGGCCUCUUAUUCGGUAUUCCAAUGGGCGCUGCUGUCAUUGGCGAUGGCUCUCCAGAAAGGUACCAGUUUUUUGCUAUCCUUUGUGGUUUAUUGUCUUCGAUUGGUGUUUGCUUCUUUAUUGGUUGUCGUUACUGCAUUGUUAGUAUGAAGAUCAACGUUAAAGUUUAA